AACGGUGUCAGGGUGAUCUUUUCUCAUCACUACUUUCUCACUAAUCUGAUUCUGUUGUAUCGCUCAGUGCAGUCGUGAGCCUGGUUCGAGCAGCGCUGAUGGAGCAUUUCAGGAGAGGAGUGGAGUUUGGGAUGGCUUCCUUUCAGAGAUGCCACUCCCUGUCUUGUCAAAUGGCAGAGAGCGCACCAAUCGAUACGAAGAAGCCGGCGAUCCGCUGUGAAGAGAAAUCACGGCGUUCUAAAUGCUGCCACCCCGAAGAGAUGCCGGUCAUCCCUGAGCAGGCAAUGGAGUUCCUCUCUCGGACAUGGAGUCCCUCCUCCUCCGAUCUCUUCCAAAUUCUAUCUCCCAGUAGCCUGGGACCAUCACUGGAAAACCAUGACCCAGAAGGGCCGAGAGGAGACGGGGACGGAGACGAAGACCAAGAGCAGCAGCAUGUCGACGCGGUCCGUGUCGGUGGAGGAAGAAGCCAAUUGUUCAAUCAGACAUGCAGAGUUCUAGCCAGUGGGAAGCCUAGCUCCGGACAGCGCAGGCACAAGCUAACCCAACCUACCUGGCUCAACGUUGGGAACAUGAAGGCGGUGCUGCGAGGGUUCUUGCUGGACAGCGUGCCGGUGACCGGAAGCCGGCGAAGGAGGCGUAGGGACGAGCUCCGGCUGCACUCGGCGCAGGCGCACGCGGCCGUGUCAGUCGCGCAGCUCGCCGCGGCGGUGGCGGGCAUCGUGUCGGUAUGCGAGCUGAGGUCGGCCGCCGCCAACGCUGGCGACAAGGGGAUAGGCACGGCGCUCGUGUCCGCCGCCGCCCUGGUGGCCACCGUGUGCGCUGAGGCCGCGGAGACCGCCGGCGCCAACCGGGGCCGCGUCACCUCCGCCGCUAGGACAGGCCUUGAGUGCCGCUCCUCCGCCGAGCUGCUCACCCUCACCGCCACCGCUGCGACAUGCCUAAGGGGAGCUGCGGCACUGAAACUGAGGGCAGCUGACCUCAAGGGCAUCGGCCGCGGCGGCAACGCCAUGGCCACGAGCAUCAGCGUUGGCAUCCAGAAGGGCACAACUCUCAGGGUCUGCCUGCCUUGUGGGAGGGUGCGGGUGAGGACGGUGGCCGUCUUCCCGCAGCGCGGCGGUGGCGCGGUGGCGCUGAGGCUGGGGAAGAAGCGCCUGCACGGCGCGUUCGCCACCUACGAGGACUAUGAGGUCUCGGCGGUCGGAGACGGCGGCGGCGGCGGCGGCGAGGCGGUGGUGGAGGGGCGGCCGGCGUUCCCGGUGGCGGUGAGCACGACGGAGGGGGCGACGGUGCAGCUGCUGUUCGAGCACCAGACGCACUGCAAGAUCUGGAAGGCGGCCAUCGAGGGCAUGCUGUCCGAUCAGAUGCUCAAGCGCGCCAACAACUGAGUACAUGUGGAGUACAUUGGUUUUCUUGUGUCAUCACGCACGCAUGUUUUUUGUAUGUACGAAUGUAUGCGAGUGGUUGGUUGUAAGGUCAUAAGCUGCAACUAUAAAUAAAUAACAUAUACUGUAGUAGAAAUUGAGAGAAAUGAUUUUUUGCUUGAGAAGAAUUUACUCG